CGCACGACACAGCCAUGCUCAGCACAGCCGGGACCAGCUCAUAAAGGGUCAACAGCGGCUGGGACACGGGCAGCGUGACGUCACAGGUGAGACUGGGCGUUGACGUCACGGAUUGGGGUCACAGGCAAUCAUUCUUAACUCUUUUAGUUGUCGCCUUAUUGUGGCUUCGGUAGUGACUGAAUUUCAUAUUUGCUUACCCUUUCAUACAGGGGAAGGCUCAUUGCCUUCCCCUUUUAUUGCUGAACAGAGAUGGCUGACCCAAUUAUGGACUUAUUUGAUGAUCCAAACCUGUUUGGUCUUGAAUCUCUGACUGGGGAUUCCUUCAGCAGAGAUGGGCCAGACACAAUAGAUGAGGCCUUGGGCUUAAGUGGUGUACUGGAGCAACUGGUAGCAGAGAAAGCACAGCCAAGCACAGAACAUAUUACUAGUGAGGUUAAACCACAGCAAACCGAGCCUCUUGUCCUGCAAGACACAUCUGCACUUGUCACCACCACUACCACCACCACAGAAACAACAUUACCCUCUCAAGCCACUGUAAACCAAGAGCCUUUAAACCAAGGAAACCCGUUUAUGGGGGCUACCAGUGCAGGAACAGGUGCCCCCAAAAUUAUGAUUUUGAAGGCACCACCAGGAAUGACUGUUGCAGGCUCUCCUAUGACACAGAUCCAGUCUCUAACUACUGGCCAGGCGCCAAAUGGAGGCAAAGUGACCUUUGCUAAGGUGCUUACUGGAACUCCAUUGAGACCAGGGGUUUCCAUUGUAUCUGGGAACACUGUACUGGCCAAAAUGCCAAGUACAGUUGCUGGGAAUCAGCCAGGAGUUUCUAGACCUGUCCGUCAGCUGCUACUUCAACCUAUUCGCAGCCAUCCGAGCACAGGUGCCACUGAUGGCAACACAGGGAUUAAACCUGGAGUCACUUUUACCUCAGCACCAGGACAGGGUGAUGCUAAGCGCAUCACUCUGGUGCUGCAGCAGCCUAACCAAGCUGGUUCUGGGGCAAUGCAGGGGCAGCGUCAUGUUUUGCUUGGUGGUCUACCUGGAAAAAUUGUCCUUCAAGGGAACCAGCUUGCAGCUCUAACUCAGGCCAAGAACCCUCAGGGGCAACCAGCCAAAGUUGUGACCAUUCAACUACAAGUCCAGCAGCAACCGGGGACCACAGGACAAGCCCCACAGAAGUUUCAGAUUGUUCAGCAGGCUUCCGGGGGAUUGACACUUACACAAGCUGGACAGCAGACCCAAGUUCUCAAUCAGCAGGGGGCACAAAGGCUUUCUGUCCCUCUCAAAGUUGUUCUGCAGCCACAGGCGGGUUCCUCCUUGAGUGCCACUCAAGGACUGUCAGUGGUAAAAGUCUUGAAUGCCAGUGAAGUUGCAAGUCUCACAUCAGGAAAGGCUGGAGCCUCUGGAGCUGGCGAAUCCCGAAAGAUGGAACACCAGAAGAAACAGGAGAAAGCCAACCGUAUAGUGGCAGAAGCCAUUGCCAGGGCUCGGGCUAGGGGUGAGCAGAACAUUCCCCGAGUUCUGAAUGAGGAUGAACUUCCAAGUGUCAACCCUGAUGAUGAUGAUGACAGCAGCAGAAGAAAAAGAAAGAAGAAGAAGGGUGAGACUGGGGACCUGUCCAAAGAUGACAGACCUAAAAAGUCAAAGGCGAGUGGAAGUUCUAGAUCCAGAAGUAAAACCAAGCCAAGUACAAUUACUCCUAUUGUGGGAAAGAAAAGAAAGCGGAACCUUUCUUCUGAUAAUUCUGAUGCAGAGGUUGUUCCAUCUCAGGCUUCUCCUGCUGAAGAUGAAGAGAGCAUUCAGAAGAGACGGUCAAAUCGCCAGGUAAAACGUAAGAAGUACACCGAAGACCUGGAUAUCAAAAUAACAGAUGAUGAAGAUGAAGAGGAGGUUGAUGUAACAGGACCUGUGAAGGUUGAACCUGUUCUUUUUCCUGAUCCUGCACAGAUUCCUGAUGAGUCUUUGCCAACCUCCAUGCAGUUCUUUGUAGAAAACCCAAGUGAAGAAGAUGGUGCUGUUGUGGAUAAAAUUCUUUCUAUGAGGGUGGUUAAAAAAGAGCUUUCUUCUGGAGCUUAUUUUGAUGCUGAGGAAUUUUUUGUCAAGUAUAAAAAUUAUUCCUACCUUCAUUGUGAAUGGGCCACCAUUGAGCAGCUGGAGAAGGAUAAACGCAUUCAUCAGAAGCUCAAACGCUUCAAGGCCAAGAUGGCUCAGAUGCGACAUUUCAUGCUAGAGGAUGAGGAGUCUUUCAACCCUGACUAUGUAGAGGUGGAUCGGAUCCUUGAUGAGUCACAUAGCAUUGACAAGGACAAUGGGGAGCCGGUGGUGUAUUAUUUGGUAAAGUGGUGUUCCCUGCCAUAUGAGGACAGCACGUGGGAGCUCAAAGAGGAUGUGGACGAUGGAAAAAUAGAGGAAUUUAAGCGCAUCCAGUCUCGACAGCCCUGCUUAAAACGUGUGGUCCGUCCAGCAGCCACAUCAUGGAAGAAGCUGGAGCUUUCAAAGGAGUAUCAAAAUGGAAACCAAUUAAGAGAAUAUCAGCUAGAGGGAGUAAACUGGCUUCUCUUUAACUGGUACAACAGGCAGAACUGUAUUUUGGCUGAUGAAAUGGGCCUGGGAAAGACCAUCCAGUCAAUAACCUUUCUACAGGAGGUUUAUAAUAUGGGACUGCGAGGACCCUUUCUAGUAAUAGCCCCUCUUUCCACCAUCACAAACUGGGAAAGAGAAUUUGCCAGUUGGACUCAAAUGAAUACCAUUGUAUAUCAUGGCAGCCUGGCCAGCCGGCAAAUGAUCCAGCAGUAUGAAAUGUAUUGCAAAGACUCCAAGAGUCAUCUGAUUCCAGGAGCAUACAAAUUUGAUGCCCUAAUCACUACUUUUGAGAUGGUACUGUCAGAUUGCCCCGAGCUACGUGAGAUUGAGUGGCGUUGUGUCAUUAUCGAUGAGGCUCAUAGACUGAAAAAUCGGAACUGCAAAUUAUUAGACAGCCUGAAGCACAUGGAUUUGGAACACAAAGUUCUCCUGACUGGUACUCCCUUGCAGAAUACAGUGGAAGAACUAUUCAGCCUGCUACAUUUUCUGGAGCCCUCCCAGUUUUCAUCUGAAGCAGAGUUCCUCAAGGACUUUGGGGACCUGAAGACAGAGGAACAGGUGCAGAAAUUGCAAGCAAUUCUAAAGCCCAUGAUGCUCAGAAGAUUGAAAGAAGAUGUGGAGAAGAAUUUGGCCCCAAAACAGGAGACUAUUAUUGAGGUGGAACUAACCAACAUUCAGAAGAAGUAUUACCGAGCCAUUUUAGAGAAGAACUUCUCAUUCCUGACAAAAGGAGCUAGCCAGUCCAACACCCCUAACUUGCUAAACACCAUGAUGGAAUUACGCAAGUGCUGCAAUCACCCCUACCUGAUCACCGGAGCCGAAGAGAAAAUCCUGUCAGAUUUCCGAGAGGCAACCCCUGUGGUCCCUUUUGACUUCCACCUGCAGGCUAUGGUUCGCUCCUCUGGUAAACUGGUGCUUAUUGAUAAACUGUUGCCUAAGCUGAAAGCUGGAGGCCACAAGGUUCUUAUCUUCUCCCAGAUGGUGCGAUGUCUAGACAUCUUAGAAGACUAUCUCAUUCAAAGGAGAUACUUGUAUGAGCGAAUAGAUGGCAGAGUUCGUGGUAAUAUGCGUCAAGCAGCAAUUGAUCGUUUUAGUCGACCAGACUCUGAUCGUUUUGUGUUUCUUCUGUGUACACGAGCGGGUGGGCUUGGAAUCAACCUAACAGCUGCUGACACCUGUAUCAUUUUUGACUCCGACUGGAAUCCUCAGAAUGAUCUGCAGGCACAGGCUCGUUGUCAUCGCAUAGGACAAAGCAAAGCUGUGAAAAUUUACCGCCUAAUUACUCGUAACUCUUAUGAAAGAGAAAUGUUUGACAAAGCCAGUCUGAAACUUGGCCUUGACAAAGCUGUGCUCCAGUCUAUGAGCGGCCGUGAAAAUCAUCUUAGUGGGCCCAUCCAGCAGUUCACAAAGAAGGAAAUUGAAGAUCUGUUGAGAAAAGGAGCCUAUGCAGCAAUCAUGGAUGAGGAUGAUGAGGGCUCUAAGUUCUGUGAAGAAGAUAUUGACCAGAUCCUCCAGAGGCGCGCUACAACAAUCACAAUAGAGUCUGAGGGAAAGGGAUCAACCUUCUCAAAGGCAAGUUUUGUUGCUUCUGAGAAUAGAACAGACAUAUCACUGGAUGAUCCCAACUUCUGGCAGAAGUGGGCCAAGAAAGCAGAUUUGGACCUGGACCUUCUAAAUAGUAAAAAUACACUAGUGAUAGACACCCCUCGUAUACGAAAGCAAACACGUCAUUUCAGCAACAAAGAUGAUGAUAUGGUGGAGUUUUCUGACCUGGAGAGUGAUGAUGAUGACCGACCUCGUUCCCGGCGGCUAGAUAGAAAACAUGGCUAUGGGCGCACAGAUUGCUUCCGUGUGGAAAAACAUCUGCUGGUGUAUGGCUGGGGACGCUGGAAAGAGAUCAUUUCUCAUGGGCGUUUCAAGAGAGGGAUGACUGAAAGGGAUGUAGAGAGGAUCUGUAGAGCUAUCCUAGUGUAUUGUCUGUUGCAUUACCGAGGUGAUGAGAAUAUAAAGAGCUUCAUCUGGGACCUCAUUACCCCAGCUGAAAAUGGCAAAAUAAAACAGCUACAGAACCACUCAGGAUUAUCAAUCCCUGUCCCCAGAGGACGCAAAGGGAAAAAAGUGAAAUCUCAAAGUAGCUUUGAUAUACACAAGGCUGACUGGAUCCGCAAGUAUAACCCAGACACUCUGUUCCAGGAUGAUGGUUACAAGAAACAUCUGAAACAUCAGUGCAACAAGGUAUUACUGCGGGUCCGUAUGCUUUACUAUCUGAAGCAAGAGGUGAUUGGAAACCAGGCUAUGAAAGUACUUGGAGGAGUGGACGCCAGGAAGAUAGACAUCUGGUUCCCACAGGUGGAUCAGCUGGAAGUUCCUUCACUCUGGUGGGACAGUGAGGCUGACAAGUCCCUGCUUAUUGGGGUCUUCAAACACGGUUAUGAGAAGUACAACACCAUGCGAGCAGAUCCUGCUCUCUGUUUCUUAGAAAAGGUGGGAGGUCCAGAUGAACAAGCCAUUGCAGCAGAGCAUCACGCUCAGGACUUUGCUGAGCUAACAGAAGGUGGAGACUUUGAUCGGGAUAUAGAAGAUCCAGAAUACAGACCGCUCCACGCACAAAAAGAUCCAGAGGAUGAGAUCGACUCACUAAUGAUGGAUGAAGAAAUAUCUGUUGUGGAUGGCGAAGAAGCUAUCCCUAUGCCCAGUGGAGUAACAUGGCCCCCUGCUUCUGCUUUGACUGCACGCCUGCGCCGCCUUAUCACUGCCUAUCAGCGUAGCUAUAAACGUGAGCAGCUGAAAAUGGAGGCAGCAGAGCGGGGUGACCGACGCAGGAAGCGAUGUGAAGCCGCUUUCAAGUUAAAAGAAAUUGCACGUAGGGAGAAACAGCAACGGUGGACUCGUAGAGAAGCGUGUGACUUUUUCAGGGUAUUGUCUAGCUUUGGUGUAGAAUAUGACCCGGACACACAACAUUAUGAUUGGCAGAGGUUUCGUGUCUUGGCACGGUUAGACAAAAAAUCAGAUGAGUCCUUACUGAAGUACUUCCAUGGAUUUGUGGCCAUGUGCCGGCAAGUCUGCCGCUUACCACCUGCUGCAGGGGACGAGCCUCCAGACCCAUCCUUGUUUAUUGAGCCAAUUUCCGAGGAGCGUGCAUCUCGUGCCCUGUUUCGUCUGGAUCUUUUACGAAGGGUGCGGGAACAAGUCUUGUGUCAUCCCCUACUCCCAGCUCGUCUUUCUCUUUGUAGACCGGACCCAGAACUGCCAGAGUGGUGGGAGAGUGGGCGUCAUGAUGGUGAGCUGCUACAGGGUGCAGCACAAUACGGACUGAGCCGCACAGACCUCACACUUAUGCCAGACCCUGCUUUCUCAUUCCUACGCUGUCGGCUCAGCUACCUCCAGUCUAAGGGCAUGACUGGACUUUCUCGCCCUUCUACCCCAACUGUAGUUCCUUCCCUACCUCCCACAGACGUUCAGCACUAUCAAAUGUUGUCCCUUCCUUCAUCUGUAAGCUCUUCCCCUGCUCCACGUAGAUCCUCAUCUUCUUCAUCUUCCUCUUCAUCCUCCAACUCGGACAAUUCUUCUGAUGAGAGCAAUGGAGGAAAAACAACCAAAAUGAACGCAGGUGUAUCUCACUCACAUCUGUAUGAUGAAGAAAGUCGACCAUCUCUCACAGCCUCCCCCAUUGACCUCAAUACUGAGGGCAACGUUCAGACUGGGGCACUGGAGACAACAUCCAGUACAGACUGGCCAAAGGAUCGAGUUCUUAUCUGUCGAAUAGAACAAGUUUGCAAUGCUGUGCUAACUGGUAAAUGGGCAUCACCUCGGCGGAUUUCAGAUACUCUUAGUGACAGCCCUGAUAGCCUAUCACCAGAUCCAGAGGAGAAGAGCCCUGCCCACUUCUCACAGGUCCGACCUUCUCCCGAUCCCAAGGAGUUUACCAUCCAAAUUAAGAGUGAAGAAGGGCUGAAAAUGAAAUUCCAGAAGCAUAGGCUCCUUGAUAAUGGGUCCAUAGACUCCACAUCUCACACCCACAAGAAAAAGAGUAAAAAGAAAUCAUUGCAGGUGGAGUUGGACAAGGAUGCUAGAAUUCCAGUAGUGAAUCAGAGAGAUGGUACAUUGCUGCUGGGUGAGGAAGCUCCACGACGAUGUCAGUUACAGGAGUGGCUAAUCCGACAUCCUGACUAUGUGGUGGAACCUCGUUUCCUUCAGUACAUGGAGACCCGAAGAAAACAUAAAAAACAUAAGAGCAAAAAAUCCAAAUCCUCCUCUUCUUCAAUCACAAGUAUGGGAGGAAUUCAGCCCUCACACCAUCAUCAUCACCAUCACCACCAUCACAAUGGGAAGAAGUCUUCUCUCCCGGAAAACAGCUUUGAAACACGAAACCUACCUACAGCUGCCAAGAAGAGGAAGAAACGUCCUCCUUCAAAGAUCAUUAUGUCAUCUUCUUUGCAAGGAGCUGUUGACUCUUCCCCCUCCUAUACCCAGAAUCCUCAACCUGAUCCAACCUUAAGAUCCAUGUAUGGGGCAGCUGAAGGGGGGCUACUUCACCCUACAGGACUCAGCAGUAUGGGAUUUUCCCGCUUCCAUCCCUUGAACACAUCUGCCUCAGGCAGGAUGCAGGGAUCCUCCUAUGGAGAGGAGUUACCAGGCUAUGAGCCCGCCCAACGACAUUUUUCUCUGCUGGAUGAUCCCAUGAUGCCAGCAAACUCCUCAUCCAGUGAUGAUGAACUGGACAGACCCUGACAGGACCCUUCCCCUAAAGGGGAAUUACAAACUGCAUACAGAGAAACAAGGACAACAACCCUCUGUUUAGACACCUAGGCAAUGUUACUUCUCAACGGAUGCUCUUUUUCCUCCCAUAGUUAUCCUCUCCAGCUACUUGUCCUAGGGUCCACUGCAGCAAAAUUAAUGCCAGGAUUGUUAAGGACUAUUUAAUGAGGCUUGUGGGGUAUUAUUAUUUUUAUUAUUAUCAGCAUUUUUUUUUUGCUGGAGGGGCCUUUUUCCACACUCCUGCACAGAAGAGGUUGAAACGUUUUCGAGAAAUCUUACAGUGCAAUAAGGCACUUCAGGAACUGGGUGACAAAGUCUCUCUCUCCCAUCUGGGAUGCUCCACUAUUUACCCAGCCCUGCUGUGCGUAACUCCCAGAAGUUACUCGGAGGUUACAUGAAGUGGAGAUGAGCAGAAUGUCACUGCUAUUUGUUGUUCAGCAUGUGACUGAGAAGAAAAAAAGAUAAAAAACAAACUUUCUGCAAUGCAAAACAGGGUUACCUGUGAGGGAGGGAGGGUAGGGACAUUUUCUGUUUCUGUGUACAUGUGGGACCUGACAUUGGGGCAGAAACUGCAAUUUGUACAAAAUGGGGGGAGUAAAAGACUCAAGGUUCCACUCUCCCUCAGUCAUCAGUGAAAUAUGAAUAAAUUUCUUGAAUUAA